AAUUCUGAUUCGUCCAUUUUCUAACAGACGACUGGUUGAAUCUAUCAGAUUUUUUUUUUCAGUGUGGCCUUCUCGUCUUUAAAGACUAUUCGACUGUGUCAAUCUAUAGAAAGUAAUGACUUUUGGGCUGUGAGUAAAAUUAAAUCAUUAAUAGAAAGUCGUCGAACUAUUGUCAAUAUGAAUCACCACCGCAUUAUUGUCGAUUUAUAUCUUAAAUUUGCAAAAAUUCUUUCUAGUUUUAAUUGUGAACGUUAACAUUCGAGUAGCAAAUAAAAGGUUCGCGAGAAGUUUUCUAAAUUAAAUGAAUUAUAGAAUCUUCGAAUAUUGGAAAUCGAAGUUGACUUCCGUCCGAGCUUGAACGUUUUCUUACGUAAUAUCAUUAUAAUACAUGUAAAAAUACGCCGUCUAUAAAUUUAAUCAUCGACCGAGACAAAGUUGAUCGUCUUGGAAUUUAUUAAAUAAUCGUUUUGCACAGAGUUCCCUGCAUUAUCGUUGCACGUGAUUCACGGGGAUCUCGUUUCAACACACCUCGGACUUACCUUCUAUCUUUCUCCAGUUUCAAGAAUUGGAGAAAAAUAGAAGGUACGUUGACCCGGGAUUAAAGUUGAUCUCCGCAUUGAUCGAAAUGGAUGUACAAGUAACGGGAUUGAAACGUUCUGUUUCAGAUCUGUCAGUAAUCUGGCACUUGGGCGAGAAUGCGCACCCCUGCUGAGACCGAGAUUUCGACCCAAUCCGAAAUGUACAACCUGGAAACCGAGGAAACGGGAACGUCCCCGGACGUCAGCGGAGUGGUCUUAUCGUCACCCCAUCCAGAGGCCCAUAUAUUUACUAACAGCAUGCUGUGCAUCCAAGAGGAGCUGGCUCAGCUGAGUGAAAUCGCGGGAAGCCCCGAACGGCUCAUCACCGAGCUGCGUGAGGUUCAAUUGCCGAAUAGUAACCACCUCAAUUCCGCGAGUAACUCCAGCGACGCCGCGACAAAAUGCGCUUCUGGAUCGGAGAGCAUCGAUUCUCAACGGUCGAGUUGGGUCGAGGGCAUCCUGGGAUGCAUGCGUCCCGUCUGGACCAUGUUAUCGAAGGCUGCGAUUAAUGAAAAAAUCAAGGGACUUUCAAGUAAGUUAUCUGACGAUUGGGAGAUACCCUUCGAAGCAAUCAGCGAGCUGCAGUGGCUCGGAUCUGGGGCUCAAGGUGCGGUGUUUAGUGGGAAAUUAAAUAAGGAGAUAGUAGCUGUAAAGAAGGUGAAGGAACCGAAAGAGACUGACAUACGCCACUUGCGGAAACUCAAUCAUCCGAAUAUUGUACACUUCAAAGGAGUGUGUACAAAACCUCCUUGCUAUUGCAUAAUAAUGGAGUUUUGUCCGUUCGGCCCAUUGUAUGACCUUCUAAGAGCUGGAGAACCGGUUCCUCCCGCUAGAUUGGUGUCAUGGUCGAAACAGAUUGCUGCAGGGAUGGCGUACCUUCAUGCUCACAAAAUAAUACACAGAGAUCUCAAAAGUCCAAAUGUUCUAAUAGGACAAGGGGAAAUAGUAAAGAUCAGCGAUUUCGGCACGAGUAGACAGUGGAAUGAGAUUAGCACGAAAAUGACUUUCGCCGGUACGGUGGCGUGGAUGGCGCCGGAGGUAAUCAGGAACGAGCCAUGCUCGGAGAAGGUGGACAUAUGGUCGUACGGCGUCGUACUGUGGGAAUUACUGAGCGGCGAAAUACCUUACAAGGACGUGGAUUCCUCCGCUGUUAUGUGGGGGGUGGGCAGCAAUUCUCUUCAUUUACCAAUUCCUACCAGUUGUCCGGAGGGAUAUGGGCUACUGGUCAAGCAGUGUUGGUCGGCCAAACCGCGUAACAGGCCCUCCUUCAAACUCAUCGAGAUGCACCUCGCUAUCGCAGCUGUUGAUGUUCUUUCCACGGAACCUGAGGAUUACUUUAAGGCACAGCAAUCUUGGAAGAAGGAAAUACAGGAACACAUGCAGCAUAUGCCACUAUUUACUAAUACCGAUCCACGUUUCGAGGCUGAGCUAAUCCGACGGAGGAAGGAUGAAUUACGACACGCUCAGGAUGUCAGGGAACACUAUGAGCGCAAACUCGAACGCACUAACAAUCUGUACUUGGAACUAAGCGCUAUUCUAUUGCAAUUAGAAUUACGCGAGCGAGAUGUGAUAAAACGACGCUGUUUUGCUUUGCAUAACCGCUUUGCGCUUACGGGACACGUAGCACAAGACUGCAGCCGAACUCGCACAUUUGGAAAUAAAUGUCUGGUUUGUCUCAGGAGAGAACAGCAAUCAUCAGGAUACAAGCAGUACAAGAAACGUCUUGUCCGUCCUUUACUGAAGGCCCAGGAGAGGCUGUACCGCAGGCGAAAUGGCACAGUACAGUUCUCUACUUCCUCGACACCUACUACUCCUCCAUCGCCCACAGAUUCGCCAGAGAGCCCCGUCAAAGCCACCAUGUAUACGCAGCUGAACGAAUCCAAUCAGCCGGAAACUGUUUUAGCACCGAGCAAUAGCUUCAAACAGCGUAAAUACAGGCAUCGUAAAGUCGGUUCGGGUUGUGGUCUAAGUUCCAGUCCUAGAUCGAGUCCUCAUCGUGAAAGAAAGAGUAUAGAGGCAUCUUCAAGAUUCACUGACAGUCACACACAAACGGACAUCAUGGACGUCAGUGAAACAGAUCACACCCCGAUUGUGAAUAUAGCACUUUCCUUACCGGAGAAGUCUUCUUUCCUCGUCAGACCUCAGGACCUCGUCAGAAGACAUUCGCUGAAUAAGCAAGUGACAGAAUGCUUGAACGGGAAUCCAAUUUUGCCAGAAAUGCAUUAUCCGAUGCAGACUAGUUCAUGCUCCAGUCCCGAGCACUUAAAUGAAAAUAAUGCCAAUGGAAACGAACGUUUGAAGGAUUGUAGCGACGACGACAAUCUUGAGACUCUCGGCAGAAAAGUCAGCGAAAUUAUUAAUGCAAACCGUCUUAUCAUUGACAAUGGAAAUGGCGAUGAUGUCAUACUCUCCCACAGUAGAAAUAAAGAAGAUUCGGGCAAAUUAUCCGGACACUAUGUGGAACAAUCUGAUAUUAAAAUACGAGUUUCUUCGGACAAUACGGAUGAUCACGAAGAUGAUGCUUGUGAAGAAAGCUGGUCGGAUGAAGAGGGAGAGGAUCCAAGUUAUACUUAUAACUAUUCCUUAAGACGAAGAAGUAUCGCAAGGAGGCCGAUCGGUCCCGGAUGCAGAUUACGAAGAUCUAAACUAGCAACACCGGGAAGAAUACAGGGGGCACUAGCUUCUGAUGAGGAAAAUACUUCUGAAUAUUCGCAUCCUCCGUCCAGUCAGACUUCCACCUUAGAAAGCAACCCGGAUGUUCAGAGAGUUCUUCGUAAUAUACAUCAUUCCCAAAAAAGAAAGGAAAUAGACGACGUUUCUGACACAUCGAGUCAAUCGGAAACAGACGAAGUCAGUGAAGUUACAAUUGCAUCUCAACCGGCGAGUGGAUCUAUGAAGAUGGAGAGCCGAAUAUAGAUUAGUUGUUAGUGUAAUUUUUAUAUCUGAUUUAUGAUCGGUUUAUAAGUUAGAUUUACUGCCUGAGUGAAAUUUAGUAAUCGCAUCAUCUCUUCAUUCUGUAAUUUAUGUUAAGUAUUGUAGAUAUUUGUCUAUUCAUAUAUGUAUACAUACACAUACAUAAUGACAUAUAUACAUAUAUACUUGCAUCCACAUCUUCAUAUAUACAUAUAAACAUACAUACAUGUAUACAUACAUAUAUUAAAAAUGUAUGUAAUUUAGAAAACAAAUGAUUCGGUAAGCAAAUAAUUCGCAACUUUCUAUCCUGUUCGAUUAUCAAAGUCAAAUAAUUUUCGAAGGCAUUCUUAAUCAAUGUUUAAUCAGUCACAUAUAUAUAUAUAU